CCGGCGUCCUACAUAAAGCGUGCGGGAGCCGGGCGGCACACACACGCAAACACGCACACGCGCGCACACACACGAGGGGGCAACGCACCUCUGCCAACAUCACCGCAGUGAGAAGACGAGCUCAGCCGGAGAGAUGAUGCCCUCCUGCGAUCGAGGCGUGCUUCUCGGGGUCUCUUGGACCACCCUGGUCCUCAUGAGCCACUUGAUCUCAGUUCGAGGAGCUCCCCUGAAGCUGGACGCGCCCCCGGACUCGGGGGCCGCCGUCCUGAAUCACUCCAUGAGCCUGGUGCGGCGAAUGGAGGGCCUGCUGGCGGCGGGCGACGGCAGCGACGUCACCCUGCGCGUGCACACGGUCGGCACGGACGAGGCGAAGGUGAUCCAGGCUCACGGCCUGGUGCUCGGCAUGCAGAGCGACGUCUUCCGCGAGCUGCUGCUGGACCGCAACGGCAGCGCCGUGGCGCUGAGGGAGGCGCCCGACUGCGCCGCCGUCUUCGACAAGUUCAUCAGGUACUUGUACUGCGGUGACGUGUCUGUGCGUCUGGACCAGGCGAUUUCCCUGCACAAGCUGGCGAGCAAGUACCACGUGUGGAGCUUGCAGCAGGGCCUGAGCCGGUACAUGACCCAGCAUCUGUCUAGCGACUCCCCGACGGGCCACGCGGUGGGCUGGUACAACUACGCGCUGGAAACGGGGGACCUGGCCCUGCGGGACAGCUGCCUGCAGUACCUCUCGUGGAACCUGUCGUCGGUGCUGCGGAGUCAGGAAUGGGUCUCCGUCAGCGAGGAGCUGCUCCUGUCUUUGCUCCAGCGUUCGGAUCUCAUCCUGCAGACCGAGCUGGAGCUCUACGAAGCCCUGGAGGCGUGGAUCGACCAGAACCGGCCCGGGGGCAAGACGACGGAGACGGCCCUGAGGUCGGUCCGUUACGGCAUGAUCCCGCCUCAGUAUCUCUUCCGCCUCCAGAAGCAGUCCCCUCUCAUGCAGAAGAAUUACGAGUCCGUCCGGGAUCUCCUCUACCUGGCCUUCCAGUUCCACUCGGCAUCGCCCGUCACCUUGGCCAAAUACUUUGACGUCAACUGCAGCAUCUUCACGCCCCGCAACUACCUGUCCCCCUCCUGGGGCUCCCCGUGGAUCAUCAACAACCCGACGCGCGACGACCGCAGCUUCAGCUUUCAGACCCAGCUGGGCCCCAGCGGCCACGACGCCGGCAAGCGGGUGACCUGGAACUCGCUCUUCUCCCCUCGCUGGCUGCCCCUGAACGCCAGGUCCACCUACGCCGAGAUGGGCGCCAUGCAGCCCACCCGCACCGACGGAGGCCGGCCCCGGAUCAUCGUCACGCCGGCCACGUCCAGCCCGGACUUUGCCGGGGUCAGCUUCCAGAAGACGGUGAUCGUGAUGGCGAGGCAGCAGGGCAACGUGGUGGUCCGCCACGUCUACAACUUCCACCAAAGCACGGAGGAGGCGGGAGACUUCCUGGCGGGCGCCGACCUGCAGCGCCGCGUGUCCGACUACCUGAUUGACAGCUCCCUCUAUCUGCAUAUUGUGAUAAAACCGUUGUACCAUACACUGCUUGUUGCAAAGAAAUAGAUCACGACUCCACACGCGCACACAAUUUGUACUCAUAUCGCAGCAUAUACACGUCGUUCAUUACUUUGUGCAUUCAGUCUUCCAAUUAUUUACCAAAAAUGGACAUACGUUUUCGGCACGGUGGCCGACUGGUUAGAGCGUCAGCCUCACGGUUCUGAGGACCCGGGUUCAAUCCCCGGGCCCCGCCUGUGUGGAGUUUGCAUGUUCUCCCCGUGCCUGCGUGGGUUUUCUCCGGGCACUCCGGUUUCCUCCCACAUCCCAAAAACAUGCAUUAAUUCGGAGACUCUAAAUUGCCCGUAGGCAUGACUGUGAGUGCGAAUGGUUGUUAGUUUGUAUGUGCCCUGCGAUUGGCUGGCAACCGGUUCAGGGUGUACCCGCGCCUCCUGCCCGAUGACAGCCGGGAUGGGCUCCAGCAGGCCCGCGACCCGCGUGAGGAGAAGCGGCUCACAAAAUGGAUGGAUGGACAUACGUUUUAUAGUAUUUCAUGCACAAAACGCCACACAUAAAAAAAAAAAAUCAUCAUAAUAAUCUUUGUACUGUACAUGUUCAGGCAGUGUGUAGUCUGGCAGUUUGUUCUUUUCCCUUAAAUGUAUUCUUCUUCUUUUUUUCUUUUUGCUUAGAAAUUGAAUAGAAUGUCAUAACUUUGUAUUUUGUCUUCCCCCCCCAAUAAUCAGUUACAGAUGUUUAGCCCAUAGAACUAAUAUCAAGUUGCAUCUAUUUAGGUAAGUGUUAAAAGUAAUUACAAUCCCAUUAUUACCGUUCCUUUUUAGAUUUCUAAUCAAUGAAACCUUAAUUGCAGCUUUAGUUCCCCGUCCCCUAUUUGUUGUGAUAUGUAUAUUGUAGCGAGAUUGAAAUGGAACUCCACAAUUUGGGAAGAAAGAAAACUAAAUCUAAUGAACAAAAGGAGAGGAUUACAAAAGAUGAAUAAUCAAAUGAUUACAAAAGUUGCCAGAAUAAAGUUGUUUUAUGGAAACAAAAGUCCAAACUUCGCAAUAUUGUCUCACUACAUUAUAUGGAAAAAUGUCAAUUUAUGAGGAUAAAGUUGUAAUGUUAAGAGUUCCUGCUAGAAUCUCAUUGUAUAUUUACAAUAACUAAAAAAAAAAAAAAAAAAAAGAAUUAAGUUGAAAUAUUACAAAAUAGU